GACGGUGUUUAAUCCUCAUCUUUGAUUAUGGAGAGAGAGAGUUUUUUCAAAGAGAGAAAAAUAUCUCAAGAAUGAGUCAACACAUUUCCUGCAAUUGUCACCGUUUCCUGCAACUGUCUUGGAAGGGACUUGGAAGUGGGGCAAAACGACUUGGAAGUGUUAGCAGAGAUUGACUAAUACAUACAGACAGUGGUGAUGAGAGAGAUGAAGACAGGUUCAAGUUGGGGUUUUGGAAAUUAUCAUGUUAAUGGUUUCUUUUUAAGUACCAUUUUAAUUUACUUACACUUCACCAAGCCCACGCUUCACAAAGCAAAGUUCUGCUCUCAUGGAGAAAAAUCUAUUUGUCUGCAUUUUCUUAGCUUUUUUCCUUCAUUUUUCAACACUUUCCUUCGUUCAUGCACAAGUGACCGACAUUUCCACAGACAAACAAGCUCUUCUUGCCCUGAAAGCUCGUAUAAGCCAUGAUCCGAGCAAUUUGUUGACCAGCAAUUGGUCCACAAGUUCUUCUGUUUGUCACUGGGUGGGCAUAACUUGUGGUGCUCGUCACUCAAGAGUAACAGCUUUGAAUAUUUCUCACUUGGGUCUCAUAGCCACCCUUCCUCCUCAACUAGGAAAUCUAUCUUUCCUUUCAAGGCUAGACAUCAACGACAACAGCUUUUAUGGCGCUCUCCCUGAGGAAUACGCACAGUUACGUCGACUGAAAUAUCUUGUUUUGAGUCGUAAUAGCUUAUCGGGUGAACUCCCUGCAAGUAUUUUCGAUAAUCUUCCCAAUUUGCAGUUGCUUUAUUUGCAUUCUAACAUGUUCGAGGGAAAAAUACCAUCGACCAUAUCUAAAUGCAGAAGCUUGCAAAACUUAUCCUUGUCAGUCAAUAAUUUUACAGGAGCCAUUCCAAAAGAAAUUGGAAACUUGACUCAACUUAGAGUGAUCUAUCUUGGAGUCAACAAACUUGGAGGAGAAAUUCCAAAAGAGCUUGGCAAUCUAGCAAAACUGGAGCUAUUAUCACUGCAAAAUAGUUACUUAACAGGAACUAUUCCCUCACUUAUCUUCAACCUUUCUUUCUUAAAUUCCAUGGACUUUUGGGGAAAUAGCCUGACUGGUAGCCUUCCGGAAAACAUGUGCCAACAUCUUCCCAAUCUUGAAGAGCUAUACUUGUCUUAUAAUCAUCUCUCUGGUCGGAUUCCAUUCAGCUUGGGGCAAUGCAGAAUGCUUCGUAUUCUUAUGUUGUCAAACAACCAAUUCGGAGAACAUAUUCCUAGAGGAAUUGGAAACUUGACAUUAAUCAAUUAUCUAUAUCUAAAUUCGAACAAAUUGACAGCUUUGAAUAUUUCUGACUUGGGUCUCACAGCCACCCUUCCUCCACAAAUAGGGAAUCUAUCUUUCCUUUCAAGGCUAGACAUAAGCAACAACAGCUUUUAUGGCUCUCUCCCUGCAAGCAUUUUUGACAAUGUUCCCAAUCUGCAGUUCCUUUAUUUGCAUUCUAACAUGUUCGAGGGAAAAAUUCCAUCGACUUUAUCAAGAUGCAAAAGCUUGCAAAGCUUAUCCUUGUCAAUUAAUAAUUUCACAGGAGCCAUUCCGAAAGAAAUUGGAAACAUGACUCAACUUAGAGAGAUCUAUCUUGGACUCAACAAACUCCAAGGAGAAAUUCCAAAAGAGCUUGGUAAUCUUGCAAAACUGGAGCGAUUAUCACUGUCAAAUAGUUACUUAACAGGAACUAUUCCCUCACUUAUCUUCAACCUUUCCUCUUUAAUUUCCAUGGACUUUUCAGAAAAUAGCCUGACUGGUAGCCUUCCGGAAAACAUGUGCCAACAUCUUCCCAAUCUUGAAGGACUAUAUAUGAAAGAUAAUGAUCUCACUGGUCCAAUUGCAACCAGUUUGGGGCAAUGCAGAAUCCUUCGCACUCUUGUAUUGUCGAACAACCAAUUCGAAGGACAUAUUCCCAGAGAAAUUGGGAACUUGACAUUAAUCAAGGAUCUAUAUUUAUACUCGAACAAAAUGACAGGUGAGAUACCGGAUGAAAUUGGCAAUCUACAUAAUCUUGAGAACUUGCAACUUGCAUAUAACCACCUAGUUGGCCCUGUCCCAGCUACUAUAUUCAACAUUUCAACAAUGCAAAUGGUUUCAUUGUAUGCCAAUCAACUCUCCGGAAUUCUUCCAUCAAUUGCAGAGUUUCCAAACCUUGAGGUUCUUGUUUUGUGGGAAAAUAAUUUCGGUGGACCAUUUCCUAAUUUCAUUACCAAUGCUUCCAAGCUCUAUAUGAUAGAUAUUUCAUUUAACUCAUUCUCAGGCUUCAUUCCCGGUACAAUUGGUAAUCUAAAAAAUGUUGAGAUACUAGAUUUAAAAUAUAAUUACUUCACAUCUGCUCAUGAUUUGAGCUUUCUUUCCAAUUUGACAAAUUGCAAGAGUUUAAGAGUCCUAAGGUUAAGCAAAAAUCCACUUAAUAGCAUCCUUCCAGGUUCCAUAGGGAAUCUUUCUAUUUCUUUGGAAUAUUUUAACAUUAAUGAUUGCAACAUUAGUGGAAAAAUUCCCAAAGAAAUUGGAAGCUUGAAAAAGUUGCUAGAACUAAAAUUACAAGAUAAUGACUUGACUGGACCAAUUCCAGUUACUAUGGAUGGACUACAAAAUCUCCAAGGUCUGUAUUUUCAAAAUAAUAAAUUUGAAGGACUCAUCCCAGAUACUUUUUGUCAUUUAAAUGAAUUGGAUGAGUUGAAUUUGGGGGGAAACAAGUUCUAUGGAGCCAUACCUGCAUGUAUUGGCAGUCUCACUGCACUAAGAAAAUUGUUUUUAGGCUCAAAUAGAUUAACUUCUAUACCAUCAACUUUGUGGAACCUUAAGGAUCUCUUGUACUUUGAUUUGUCAUCAAAUUUUCUGGACGAAUCUCUUUCAUUGGACAUUGGAAAUCUUAAGGUUGCCAUAGCUAUAAAUCUUUCAAGGAAUCUUUUUUUAGGAGAGAUUCCAAUUGCUAUUGGAAGCCUUGAAAAUCUGCAAAAUCUCUCCUUAGGAUACAAUAGAUUACAAGGCUCUAUUCCUGAAACAUUUGGCAACUUGAAAAGCCUGGAAUUCUUGGAUUUGUCUGGAAACAACUUUUCUGGAGUGAUUCCCAAGUCUUUGGAGGGACUCAUGUAUCUCAAAUAUCUAAAUUUAUCUUUUAACCAACUAAGUGGCGAAAUUCCUAGAGGAGGGUCCUUCAAAAAUUUCUUAGCUGAAUCAUUUAUGGGGAAUCUUGCAUUGUGUGGAUCUCCUCAACUACAAGUUCCACCAUGCAAAAAAAGCACUCAUAAAAAAUCAAGGACUAAAAAGGUUUUGUUGUUGAUUCUUUUGCCAACAUGCAUUGCAGUCUCAUUAGUUGUCUUCGUUCUUAUGUCUUUGUUGAUCCGGAAAAGGAGAACAAGGCCAACUACCAAUGUUGAUUUUUGUCCUGGAGGAACAUGGAGAAAAAUUUCUUACCAAGAACUUGUGAGAGCAACGGAUGGAUUCAGUGAGAACAAUUUGCUUGGCAAAGGAAGUUAUGGUUCAGUUUACAAAGGAAGAUUAGAUGAGGGAAUGGUGGUUGCAGCAAAAGUAUUCCGCUUAGAUUUUGAAGGAGCUCUUACAAGUUUUGAAAUUGAAUGUGAAGUAAUAAGAGGUCUUCGUCAUCGAAAUCUUGUCAAAGUCAUCAGCAGCUGUUCAAAUGAUGAUUUUAAAUCUUUGAUAUUUGAAUACAUGCCUAAUGGGAGCCUGGAGAAAUUGUUGUUUUAUGAGAAGAAUGUUUUGGACAUUUCUCAUAGACUGAAUAUAAUGAUCGAUGUUGCUUCAGCUUUGGAAUAUCUCCACUUUGGCUAUUCAGUCCCAAUCAUUCAUUGUGACAUAAAGCCAAGCAAUGUCCUACUAGACGAACAUAUGGUUGCACAUUUGAGUGAUUUUGGCAUUGCAAAGCUCUUAGGUGAAGAAAACUCCUUGACACAAACAAAGACCCUUGCCACCAUUGGGUAUAUGGCACCAGAAUACGGGAGAGAAGGAAAGGUAUCUAGACAAGGAGAUGUGUACAGCUAUGGUGUCAUGCUAAUGGAAACAUUUACCAAGAAGAAGCCAACAAAUGAAAUGUUUACAGAAGAAAUGAGCUUAAGGAGGUGGGUUAGUGAAUCAUUAUGCAGCACAGUGAUACAAGUUGUGGACACAGAUUUGCUUACAAGGGAUGAUGAACAUUUCUCUAGCAAGGAAGAGUGUGUGUCAUCUAUAUUGAGCUUGGCUAUGGAGUGUACAAAAGAAUCAUCUCAAGAUAGGAUCACUAUGAAAGAAGUAGUGACAAGACUCACCAAAAUCAGAGUCGAACUUGCAAAAAUUGGAACAAGAAGAGGUAGAAGGGUUUUGAAUUUAGGCUAACGUCCUUCUAAUUUCAAUGAAAAUAAAGUUGUACUAUAGGUGAUCAACCACAUACCUUUAAACCUUUCAUUUGUCGAUGUUAUGUUAUUUAACUAUAGAUAAUUGCUUUUGAUUUGCAAAGAGAAAUGGGAGAACUGGCUAGCCAACGUCCUAUCAAUGAGACAGCUUGAGUUGGCAACCUUCUACCUCUGCCAUGAGUUUGAUGACAAGUAAAUGCAUGUUAUAAGGUCAACUUUGAUUAAAAAGAAGUUCUUGUAAUGAAUUUUUAAAUUUGA